UCCGGGAGGCCACUUCCUCCCCUGUCUCCUAGCAACGGCUGAAAGCGUUGUUGACAUCCCGGGCAGCGGCAGCGCCGUCUGAGCCCAGAGUCUCGCCGCACGCGCGAUGGCAGAGGUGGAGGAAACCCUAAAGAGGAUCCAGAGCCAUAAAGGAGUUAUAGGAACGAUGGUUGUAAACGCAGAAGGCAUUCCCAUCCGAACCACCUUGGACAACUCGACGACCGUUCAAUAUGCAGGUCUUCUUCAUCAGCUGACAAUGAAAGCCAGGAGCACCGUCCGUGACAUUGAUCCUCAGAACGACCUCACUUUUCUUAGGAUCCGGUCAAAGAAACAUGAAAUCAUGGUAGCUCCAGAUAAGGAGUAUCUUCUGAUUGUCAUUCAGAAUCCAUGUGAAUAGACCUACGUCAGCCAAGUCUGCCCUGUGAUGCUAGGAUGAAAACACUUUACUCCUUAGUGAUUACUAAGAUUAUACCCCAACCUAAAUGAUCUUUUGGACAUUCCUUUCUAUUUUUACAUUUAAACCAUUCUACAUGUCUCAUUUAGUUCCUUUUGAAUGUAUUGUAAAUUUGUGAUUUAACUAUAUAAUAAAUAAAUUCUGGUGUGUA